AUGGCAGAACUGUAUCCGUCCAUUGCGCAUUGCGCUGUUGUGGCUACAGCGCUCAAGGUGCUGCUAUUUCCUGCUUACAAGUCGACCGACUUCGAAGUUCAUCGCAACUGGCUCGCUCUAACGCAUUCCCUGCCCAUUAAACAGUGGUACUAUGAAAGAACCUCAGAAUGGACUCUGGACUAUCCGCCCUUUUUCGCCUACUUUGAGUGGCUUAUGUCUCAAGCCGCAGCAUAUGUCGACCCGGGUCUACUUAACGUCAAAGAUCUGGGAUAUGACAGCUGGCAGACUAUAUACUUUCAGCGUACUACAGUCAUCGUUACCGAGCUUGUCUUGGUAUACGCUUUGCAUCUCUACGUGAAGACAUCAAAGUCCAAGGUGACUGCCCAUGCCGCUGCACUCUCCGUCUUGCUGUCUCCAGGACUCCUGAUCAUCGACCAUAUCCACUUUCAGUACAAUGGUUUCCUCUACGGCAUUCUCAUACUGUCUAUGGUCCUGGCCCGAAACAACUCGACACUCUUAUUGUCUGGUCUGCUCUUUGCAGCUCUGCUGUGCCUCAAGCACAUAUACUUGUACCUCGCACCUGCUUACUUCGUUUACCUUUUGCGCGCUUACUGCUUAGGGCAGCGGUCGUCCUUCCCGUACUUUAUUAUUCGGUUCUUCAACUGCGUCAAGUUGGGAGUAGGUAUCGUUGCUGUCUUCGCAGCCGCGUUCGGUCCAUUCGCCAUAUGGGAGCAAAUACCACAAGUGUUCAGUCGCUUGUUCCCAUUCUCGCGGGGUCUAUGCCAUGCGUACUGGGCGCCAAACGUCUGGGCGAUGUAUUCGUUCUCUGAUCGAGUUUUGAUUUACCUUGCCCCGCGCCUUGGGUUACGCGUUGAUCAAGAGGCAGUAAACAGUGUCACUCGAGGUCUUGUUGGGGACACGUCCUUCGCAGUGCUACCAGAUAUUAGCCCUUUGAUCUGCUUUCUUCUUACACUUGGCACACAGAUACCUGUUCUCCUCCGCCUCCUAUACAAACCCACCUGGGAGGCCUUUAUAGGUGCUGUGACACUUUGCGGCUAUGCAUCUUUCUUGUUCGGCUGGCAUGUUCAUGAGAAGGCGAUCCUGCUCGUCAUAAUCCCAUUCAGUCUGAUAGCACUCCAGGAUCGAAGAUACUUCGGCGCUUUCCGACCCCUAGCUGUUGCCGGUCACGUAUCGCUUUUUCCUCUACUGUACACGGCAGCUGAGUUUCCUGUGAAGACAGUCUACACUAUCUUCUGGCUUGUACUCUUCCUUAUCGCGUUCGAUAGGCUAGCUCCUGCUUCGCCCAAACCCAGGAUCUUCUUGCUUGAUCGCUUCUCUCUUCUCUAUAUCACCCUUUCAAUUCCACUGAUUGCAUACUGCUCCUUGAUUCACGGGAUAGUGUUUGGCUCUCGAUACGAGUUCCUGCCGCUCAUGUUUACGAGUUCGUACUCAGCAGUUGGUGUGGUUCUCUACAAGCGCAAGCCCGUCAAACAUGAAUCCUUACCCAAGAACCUCGACGACAGCACUGAGGUGUGGCAUAUCGAACAGACUGGAGAGGUCUUCACAGACUAUGAGCGGUUCCUUGAGCGAUAUGACUUCUAUCAGCAACGGAGCUUCACAUGCCAGGCCACUGGCCAUUCAGGCUACACGUAUUUCGAGGCCCAGGAGAGCGAGGUAGGCUCCACGUCAAUACUCGUCAAGGCCGAUGAGGAGGUAACAUCCGUGCAGACGGAAGCCACCAAGGAGAUCAACAGCAUUUUCCCAGAUGGCUUGAGGUCUCCUGUUCUUCACUAUGUCCAGUUCCAAGAUCAUCAUCGGAUGGAUGAUUUGGUAAAUGAUGUCUACGAUCAUUUCAAGGAACAGUUCAUGCUAGGCGAUCGGGUUUCCGUCGAAGGCGAUCACUCACGCCGCUUCGGCAAGAUCACUGAAAUCACGGACAAUAGCCGAUUACAUAGCAUGUUUACUGGUCAAUCGAUGGACGAUAGCAUCCGUUCUUACACCUACGUUGUCACUAUGGAAGAAGGGGGUGAAACUGUCACCAAAUACAAGGCCUCGGAACUUCAGCGGGAUCGAAAAACCUACUCCAAGCUCAUCUUGAAAGCUUUUCUGCGCAAUGCGCUCAAGCGCGAGUCGUGGAUCGGUGCGCCAUGGAUGGUCAAGGACAGUUUAGCAAAGCGAUACGACAUCUCAACCAAACUUCCUGACAAGAAGACUAGAGACGCUCUACUAGCCGCUAAGCGGGCUGCGAAUGCUGUACCGAACGGCGUGACCCAACCUGUUCAACAGCAAUAUCCACAGCAGCUGCCAAACGGUCAUGGCCCACAUAUGAAUGGUCACAGACAGCCUUUGCCACAUGGGCAAGGUCAGCCAGCCUUUGUCAACUUCUCGGCCAGCGGCCCUCCACCCUAUGCGCAGCAGCAAGGCGUCAUGCCUCCAUGGGCAGCUGCUAACGCUACUAAUCGCCCGGCAUAUUUUAUCAACGGUCCUCCAAUUUACAAUAGUGGGCCUCCACCCAUUGCGAAUGUUCAGCCACCACCACACAUCUUGGCUCAGCUGCAGCCUCACCUUGCUGCGCAAUUAAUGCAGAUGCCUCCCCAUGGUCAUGGCCCGCCCAUCAACUUUCCGUUCCAGACCAGCUUCAAUCACCAUCAAGGUCCCCGUCCGACAAAUGUUCCGCAGCCUCAACAGGCACCUCCACCGCCCCGUCCAGUGGAGUAUAUUAAAUAUCCAUGCGAAGAUCUAGAGAUCAAGCAACCUCGUCUUCAGGUCAACCGGCCGCCGCUUAAAUUCUUCUCCGACGACGUACCCGAGGGAGUUGAGCCGCCUGCAGAACAGAAAAAGACGGGUAUCUUGAUGAAGAGUAUCGGCCCAUUACUCUGUAUUUGGGAGACUCUCAACGUUCACGACACCAUCUACAUGCUAGACUCCUUCACUUUCGAUGACUUUGUCGAUGCUAUGCGAUUCACGCAUGAGACUGUCGAGUGUGAGUUGUUUGUAGAAAUGCAUUGUGCAAUUCUAAAGCAGAUCGUCAACGGCUCUGGUAAGAUUCAGACCAACCUACCCAACCUAACCGAUGAAGAUUCGUCAGACGAAGAGUCGAGUGAGGAGUCAACGCCUACCCCUGAGCCUGAACCGUCAGUUCGAACUACUCGUAGUAGCUUGAGGAAGUCGGGCGCAGCGCAACUUGUGGUCAAGCCACGCACACCAACGCCUGAGCCUCCAAAGGAACUCCACAAGGCUGAGGAGUUCGUCACUGACUUCGACUGGGUUGAGCAGUGUAAGAUUCGCAAUUUCGCUGAUGGAGGAUGGCAAGCAAUCGUUGUUGCAAUCCUUUAUCGCCUAUCAUUCGACUCUGCUAGAAAGGAAGCUUGCGAUGAAGUUCUUGCUGAGCUGUGUCCACCUGAGGAGGAGCCUACCAUGGCCACCAUUGCCAGUAAUUACACUACGCUUGAUGUAAACCUACGCAUCUCGGCACUUGAAAUGAUUCUAAGCUUGACUGUCGUCACUGAGAACUUCCGCGAUCAGCUUGUUGCUGCCGCUCAAGAGAUGACACGUCUGCGCAAGGAAAAGAUUGAGUAUCAACGCAAACGUAAGGAGCUGGCCGAUGAGCUAUUCAAGUUGGACUUGGAGCGCAAGAUUCAUCUUCCAGCAAACACACCCGCCUCGCCUACGGAUACCAAGAUGGCCGAAGAUGCUGAUGUGUCUAUGGCUAGUGUCAAUGAUGCUUCCAAGGAAGCAGAUACUGAAACAAACGGUGGCGACGAGGUGACAGCAUCGAAGGGCAGGACCCGCCCAGCUAAUAAGAACAAGCGCAAGGCAGCUGCUGAGGAAGCUCGUAAAGAGAAAGCCAAGAAGGCUAAGGCGGAAGCAGAGAAGACCAAGAAGCAGAAGGAGUGGGAGAAGCUACUGCAGGCGAUCGAGAAGAAGAAGGAUGAACUCAAAGAUUGCGAGGACAACAUCAAUGAACUCGACGAUGAUCUGCGCGAGACUCUGGUACACCGUAGCAAGAUUCUUGGCAAGGACCGGUUCUUGAACAAGUACUACUGGUUCGAGCACAACGGCAUGCCCUUCGGCGGUGUUCCUAACAGCUCUACUGCCGAAUACGGAUAUGCCAAUGGUCGCAUUUGGGUACAGGGACCCAGCGAACAUGAACUUGGACCGAACCUAGAAGAGCCUGCCCUCUCCCAAGAUAUGCAGCGUUUUGGCUACACUGUUCCGCAGCGCAAAGAGCGAGAAGAAGGCCCAACCCACCUAUCGAACUCCAACCAGUGGGCAUACUACGACGACCCAGAAGACAUCGACAAGCUGCUUGUGUGGCUCGACGAGCGAGGUCACCGAGAGCGUGUUUUGCGUAAGGAGCUACAAGCGUUCCGUGACCGUAUCGCUGAGUACAUGCUCAAGAUGCAGAAGCACCUAGAAGAUUCCAACAAGCCCCAGGAAGAGGAAGAGGAUGACAAUAAGACUCGAGUGUCGACGCGCAAUAAGACCAACGCCGAUAAGGAUGUUCCCAAGGAUCGCUGCUUGCUUUGGACCAACAGCAUUAUGCGUGAGGAGUUCGGACAUAACCAUGUCGAAGAGUACGAACCACCGAAGAAGGGCAAGGCGAAGACAGUAAAGGCAACCAAGGCUAAGGGCCGAGGACGCUAA